UCUCUGGCCAACACUCCGAGGCAGAAGGUGGCGUUAUCUUUCCUCAUACCACCGUUAAAAAUGAAGCCAAUGAAACCGAACAGACGAAUAACGCGGCAGGGUGAGGGAGGGAAGAAGUGGGCAGUCCACAUACCAAACUGUCUCUGCUAUCUACGGUGCUGAAUCCGCCGCAAACUACCUAGCUAUGUAGUCCGACCAACCUGUCUCCUGACACCGAGCUGAACUCAAGAGAAGCCGGAUAUUUGAAGCUUUCUGCCGGUAUGGCGUACACUAACUGGGAUAUUUCGACUUGUGCCUGUUGAAGAUUGUGACCCCAUCCGACAGUACCAACAACAGCUGGCUAACAAGCUAACAAGCGUUAGCAACCAACUGCUAAACAGCUGUCACACCGGAAAGGCCGUCGCCGUCGCUGCACCGGGUGGGGAUUUAACUUUCCCUGCCCAUAACGUUUGGACCGAACCGACAGAAAGUCGCUAUAGCCACUGAUAAACUGCUAUUUAUUUUAUGUCGGUAAGAAUGGAUACUUCUUUGGGAAUAUGCAAGGAGGAGUGCUUGGCAACUGUGAGAGGUCAGGAGCUGAGGUCUGGCCAGAAGGAGCCCAGACUACUGUCACUAAUUGAGCGCAGUGGAGAGUUUAUAUUGGGUGUUUUGGCCACCCCUGAAGCUGUUGUGUCUCGUCCAGUGGCUCAGCUGUCUAUACCCAUCAAUGGUAAUUUUGAAAUUGUACGAGAAGCUGAAGAAGCUUUUCUUAUUGACUUCGCAGUAGAUUCCUUUGUUAGGAUACGAAUUAAAGGCGAAAAAGCCCCAGAGCUGCUGUUGGAACUGCAGGAUGAUGAUCGGACUCAGACUUUCUUCGCUCAGGUGAAGAGUGCUCAGCAGCAAGUGGAAUCCAAACUCACAAAAUCCAAAGCGAUGGAGCCCCUUGUUCCAACAACCCCGAGAGGUCCAGUCCCCAUCCCACCGCAAAGAGCAAACAAGACUGUUAACUCUGUGGGCUCUGAGGGAGUUAACCCAUCCAAAUCUGCCAGUGCACUGCCUCCCAAACUCAACAAUGUCACAUCAACAAAUCAGACUAACACAGAUCCAGUUCAGUCGCUUGCCUCAGACUUUGGCUUUGAAGAUAACUUCAACCACACUCUCAAAGUGGAGGAAAAGAAGAACCACCAGAAUCGAAUAGUUGCCUCUAGGGAGCCUCCUCCUGUUCCCCCUCUACCUCCUCGCAAAGCCUCCUACACUCCAUCCACUCCUCUGCCUCCUACACCAGUCUCUAAAGAGAGGGCCAAAGACAACUCCUUAAUCACCAACACCAAACCAGAUCAUUUUAAGUCAGGGUUUGACCGUGUGGACAGGCCACCAUCUUGGUGUGAGAGCCCCACCACAAACAGCAUGAGACAGGCCAUGUUCUCCAGCCAGGCUGGACAAAGAGAAUACCUCAUCAAACACCGCCUGGGGAAGAAGGAAAACGAAUAUGUCGACAUCCAGGACUUUAGGUUUUUCACAGGAACGUGGAAUGUGAACGGCCAGCCUCCGGACAGCACCCUUGCGCCGUGGCUCUGCUGUGACACAGAACCUCCUGAUCUUUACGCUCUGGGUUUUCAAGAAUUGGACCUGAGCACUGAAGCUUUCUUCUACAUGGACUCGUCCAAGGAGCAGCUGUGGGUGGAAGCUGUGGAGAGAAGUUUGCAUCCAAAAGCCAAGUACAAGAGGGUUCGGAUCAUACGACUAGUUGGGAUGAUGCUUGUUGUCUUUGUCAAAAAGAAUCUCAAGAAUCACAUUAAAGAAGUGGCUGCAGAGCACGUGGGGACAGGAAUCAUGGGGAAAAUGGGGAACAAAGGAGGUGUGGCAGUGAGGUUUGUUUUCCACAACACUAGUUUCUGCAUCGUAAACUCACAUCUAGCAGCACAUGUGGAAGACUUUGAGCGCCGCAACCAGGACUACAAAGACAUAUGUGCCCGCAUGACCUUCCACUUACUGGAGCACCCCCCUCUCAGUAUCGUCAAGCAUGAUGUUGUAAUCUGGCUUGGGGAUUUAAAUUAUCGUCUGUUCAUGUACGAUGCGUCUGAAGUCAAACAGCUCAUUGCUCAGAACGAGCUAAAGAGGCUUCAGGAGGUUGAUCAGCUGAACAUUCAGAGGCAGACAAAGAGAGCCUUCACAGACUUCAUGGAGGGAGAGAUUAACUUCACUCCUACGUACAAGUAUGACCCCAAAACAGAUCGAUGGGACUCGAGUGGGAAGUGCCGUGUUCCGGCGUGGUGUGAUAGAAUUCUUUGGAGGGGCAACAAUGUCAAGCAGCAAAAAUACCGAAGUCACAUGGAGCUGCAAACAAGUGAUCACAAGCCCGUUAGCUCCCUUUUCAGUAUAGGGGUGAAGGUUGUAAAUGAGCAGCGACACAAAAAGGUGUUUGAGGAGAUUGUUCGAGCGAUGGACAGAAUGGAGAAUGAUUUCCUUCCAUCUGUAUCUCUGAGCAGGAGGGAGUUUACAUUUGAGAAUGUCAAAUUCCGGCAGCUUCAGAAGCAGCGCUUCCUGAUAACAAAUGACGGGCAGGUCCCCUGUCAUUUUGCCUUCAUCCCCAAACUCAAUGACUCACAAUAUUGCAAGCCUUGGCUGCGUGCCGAGCCUAGUGAUGGAUUCUUAGAGCCCACUGAGACCCUGGAGAUCUAUCUGGAAGUUUAUGUCAGUAAAGACUCAGUCACACUGCUGAACUCUGCAGAGGACGCCAUCGAGGACAUUCUGGUGCUCCAUCUGGACCGUGGCAAAGACUACUUCAUUACCAUCUCUGGCAAAUACCUGCCCAGCUGCUUUGGCACCUCGCUGGAGACUCUGUGCCGCAUGAAGAAGCCCAUCAGGGAGAUCCCCAUCACCAAACUCAUUGACCUGGGAGAGGACAGCUACAUGGAAAAGGAAAAGUCAAAGAUGAACUUCCUGAUGGUGGAUGGUGCGAGUACUGAGGACAAACCUCUAAAGAUCCCCAAGGAGGUGUGGAUUCUGGUCAACCACCUCUUCACCAAGUCCUGUGAUCAGGAGGACCUGUUCCAGACACCAGGGUUACAGGAAGAGCUGCAGAGCAUCAUCGACUGUCUGGACACCAGCAUCCCAGACACCAUCCCUGGUUGUAACCACUCUGUAGCUGAGGCUCUGUUGAUCUUCUUGGAGGCCUUGCCGGAGCCAGUGGUGUGUUAUGAGCUCUACCAAAGGUGCCUAGACUGCGCUCAUGACAGCCGCCUCUGCAAACAGUUGAUCUCCCAGUUGCCCCGGGCUCACCGCAACGUGUUUCGCUACUUAAUGGCCUUUCUAAAGGAGCUUCUCAAGCACUCGCACAACAACAACCUAACAGCCAGCCUCAUAGCUACCCUCUUUGCCAGCCUCCUUAUCCGUCCACCUCCCAACCUGGUGGGCAGGCAGACAUCGCACGAGCGGCAGAAAGCCAUCGACUUCAUUCUGGGUUUCCUCAUGGCGGGAGACGAGGAGUAAGCGAGGUCAAGGGACCCUCAUGGCAUCAGUCGGGUUCGGAAUUUAAUUCCCAAUCUGGCCCAAUUUUGGCACAAGACCUGGACCUGUAGGACACUGUGUAACAUGAUCCACUUGGUAUUUUGUCAUCUUUUGGAGACCAAUGCAACUGUUCUGCACCCUACCUGUCACAAAUUCCCAUGAUAGAGGUACCCCAGACUUGAAUUAGAACUGUGAUGAUUUUGCCAAGUGUCAUAUCUUCAUUAAUAGUAUGACCACUCACUGGAUUUGGGAGCACUUGGCAGAGGUUUGGACCGAUGCCUACGCACUUUCUGAUGACCUAAAGGACCUGUGCCUCGAGACUAGAGUUGUCCUCGUCCUCAGCUGACGCUCCUUAUUGUAGGUGCUCAUGCCAAAAUCACCCCUGAACAGUGAGUGGUAUGAAUGUGAAAACACUAUGUAUCCGUAGAUACUAAGAAAAAGACUCAGUUACACUAAAGAAAAGGAAACUCCUGAUGUUUGAUGAAGUAGACUGAAUACAAGUAUACUAUUGAAAUCAUUAAAUAGUUUGAAAUGGGUUAAUCGUUAAAAACUGUCACUAAGAAUGUUUAAGCUUAAGAUAAAUCAUGACAAUCAUUCAUUUUGCAGCAUUUUAGUUGAGGGGGACAACGUUAAGAUAUCUGAAAGAAUUAUUUCUUAUGUUCAUUGUACUUUAACUGUUAUUUAUAUAUUUUUUUUCUUUCAAGUUUGCACCACCUGAACAGUUUUUGUUUCUUAUUACCGUACGGUUUAUUUUCAUUGCAUUGUUUUAAAAACGUUUUCAUUGGAAAUAUUCAUCAGUUGUUUUUAUCAUCCUGUUAUAGAAAACUCUUUGUCGUGAGUGUGUGCUGUGUUUUUGUGUAACUUCAGCCGUGAGCCUUACAUCUCGUUUUGCUAGUUCCUCUUGAGUUACAAAACAAGUCUGUUAACACACUAACUUCCUGGUCAACCAGAAUCGAGUGAAGAGUCACCCUCUGUGGUUCUCGAUGUCUUAAAUGGUGUAAAUACUGCAGUGAUCGUUACAUGGGUAUUUGACUGUUGGUAUGGUGGUGCAAAUCUGUGAUGGUGUCUACAGUCUGUCAUGUUUGUCAUGAAAGUGGUAAUGUUAAUGUCUGUGUUUGUUUACAUGUCUUUUUCCUCACUUCUGCCUCAUCUGAAAGCUCAUUAUUCAUCGUUUUACGCCUGUGUGAUGCCAAGACACAGCCGUUGUGUUCCUUAUAGUAAAUCCAGAUGAGUAAUACUUAUUUUAAGUGAUGCAGCAUUUUCUGGGUGCAAGAUUUAGUGGCUCAUUACUCUGCAGGAUACAGCCUGUCUUUGUGCAACUUUCUCAUUUGUGCCACAGAGGUUUUAUUUUUUUCCCCUAGUCACUGUUGCAAAACCUGUCAUGGUUAUUGAAAUAAGGAACUUCUGUGCUGUGUAGAAUGAACAGUAUUUCCUAUUUAACAGUUUUUCCCAGUAGAUGUCAGCAUUAGCUUUCACAGUUGACAAGAAUAUUCACAUUUAUGAAAGUGAUUUACUUUGCUCAGUAUUUCCUGCAGUGUAGUAAUGCCGGAAAACCCCAUAGAUUUUCUCCUCAGAUGCUCCAGGAACUUCAAAAUAUUUUAUCGUUGGACACGAUGUGAGCAUAUGACAUAAUGUGACAACACUGACAAUCAUGGCACUAAAAAGGAUAAGCCUGUUGGCCUGAGUUGCUCCUUUCUUGCAUAGUUUAUUCUGCCUUAUUGCCAUCGGAGCACUAGAUUCUUCUGUUGGCCUUAACUGAAAUGAGCUUUGCCAAAAUGUGGCUUGGGCCUGAAGGAAUAGUUCCUGGUGAUUCAGAUGUGGGAGAACCAUUAUACAAUAGCAUUUAGUUAUUCACUUUUGUCUGUAGAAAUAUUACCCUCAUCAUGUCAAACAGAAAAAUCAGUAUAAUCAAUAACCUCUGAUUUUAAGUGUUGUCUUAUGCCACCGUACCAACUGAUGUAUUUGUGUGGAUUCAUUGUGCUUUUUGUCUUCAGUUUCUGUUCAUAAAAAUUAAGGUACAUUUAAAGGUACGCAAGGAAACACUUGCUCCUGUUUUCAACUUUGCAGAUUUUUUGGUACUUUUAAUUUAUUUAACAGAAAUAAAACUAUGUAUAAAGUU